AGAAAUAUAACCUAUAAAACGUUAUAAAAUAAAAAUAUUGAGUAUCCGCAAUGUCUCUAUUUAGAAAACCAAAAAAGAAUAUAGUUCAAAGAAGAGUUUUUACAGAAAAUGACGAUGAUGAAGAUGAACCAAUGCAGGUGCAAGAAGUGGUAUCUAUCGAGAAAAAUCCUAGAAAGAAAGAAAAGUCAUUUAAACAAAAACAAACAUUGUUAAGUUUUGAUGCGGAAGAGGAAGGUGAGGUAUUUCAAGUAAAAAAGUCUUCUCAUAGUAAGAAAAUUAUGAAAAUGUUUGAAAAAGAGAAAAGGAAAAAAGACAUAAAACCUGAAAAAGAAGAACCCAAGCUGAAGGUGAAAACAGAGAUAGUCACUGAUGAUUUGGUAUUAGUUGUUAAUUCUAGUCAUAAGAAACCAAACACACCUCCACCACCAAUUCUUUCCGGAAGAGAUGCUUUAUGUGCUGGUAAAGACGACCUAUCAUCUGAAGAGGAUGAGGAUGGAUCGACAGCAACAACUCAUCGUUUUUCAAAACCAGACAAUUUUAAGAAAGUCCUGGAAUCAGGUGCUAUUCCAGAUGCUGCUAUGAUACAUGCUGCACGGAAGCGUAGACAAAGGGCACGCGAAUUAGGUGAUUAUAUUCCAGUAGACGAGGAAGAACCCGAAGACAAGGGUAGAUUAUUAAGAGAAGAUGAUAAUGAGGGUAGCGAUGAGGAUCGGAUUGACAUGGACAUUAAUUUGAACUUGCGAGAUCAGGAGCGUAGAAGAGAACAAUUUUUGGCAGCUCAGGAAUCUGACCAUGAGGUUGACGAAUGGGAAGAUCAGCAAAUUAGAAAAGGAGUGACAGGUGCAGCUAUAUCUAUGGCCCAAGAAAUGAUAUUCCUACCAGAUUGUCCUGCGCCACCUAUCAUCACUCCUCAAAUACCUGUCAUAGAGCCUGGAGUUCCCAGAACACCUCAGAUGAUAGCAGAAAAGCUAAGAGAACACUUCGAAAAAGUCUGUGCAUCUAGAGAUCACAAUAUAGUUCAGUUGCAAAAGACCCGUGAAGAUAUUCACCAGGUAACAAAAGAAUUAGAUGAGUUACGAUUUAAAGCACCAGGGGCAGCGGAAAGGUUUCGGUUUUAUCAAGAGCUCAGAGGAUACAUUACAGAUCUUGUAGAAUGUCUGGAUGAGAAAGUUGGAGUUAUUUCUAAUUUGGAACAGCGCGCAUUGGAUCUAAUGGCUCGUAAAUCCGAAUGGUUAAUAGAAAGGAGGAGGCAAGAUGUAAGGGAUCAGGCUGAAGAAGCUACAAAUAAAGGAGGUUUAAUAAGGAAAGGGCCUGAAGAUGAGGAGAAACAGAGGAGAGCAGCAGAAAGAGAGGGACGUAGGACAAGGAGGAGGAGAGCAAGGGAAAUUCCUGGACUGCCAAAACAUGUGGAAGGUAUGUCUAGUGAUGACGAAAUUUCCCAACAAGACAUCCUGAAUUUUGAAAAGGAACGGGAACAGAUUGAAGCCGAACUACUGGUAGUCUUUGAGGAUGUGGUUGAAGAUUAUUCUUCUACCGCAAAUAUUUUAAUCAAAUUUGAACAGUGGAGAUCAACCGAUCUCACGGCAUAUACAGAGGCAUAUGCGACAUUUUGCUUACCAAAAGUUGUUAGCCCUUUAGUAAGGCUCAACUUGGUGUUUUGGGACUCGUUAAAUGAAACAAUUGAGCUGGAAAAACUCGAUUGGUAUCGAACUCUAGCAUUAUAUGGGUUACAUGACGAUGAAACGGAAGAAUCUCUAUCAAAAGAUCCAGAUAUUUCAUUGUUGCCUACAAUCAUAGAGAAAGUAAUCAUUCCCAAAUUGACACAGCUUGUUGAUAGAUGUUGGGACCCCCUCUCUAGCUCACAAACUUUGCGACUAGUUGGCACCGUGUCUCGUUAUAUAAGGAAAUUUCCUACGCUAGGACCUGCUAGUAAACCUUUAAAUAAUUUAUUUAGCGCUAUUUUACAUAAGAUGAAAACUGCGCUAGAGCAUGACGUAUUUAUUCCAGUAACUCCUAAGUUGGCAGAAAGUAAGUCUCAGUUUUUCCAAAGGCAGUUUGCUAGUGGGUUAAAACUGCUUAAAAACAUAACUAGUUGGCAGGGCAUUUUAAACGACAACACCUUAAAGGAAUUGGCCUUGCAGUCUCUGUUAGAUCGAUAUUUGCUGAGUUCAUUAAAGUUCUGCAUGGUGACCGACGCUGUUCAGAAAGUUCGACUGAUCAGCCUUAUAUUGCCGAGGGUGUGGCUACAAGGAUCUAAUACUCCCGAAUUCAAAAUGUUUAGUGUUACAGUUGUCAAUUUGCAUCAACAACUAGAUAAGAAUAAUCCCUUACAUUUAGAGUCGAUAGACAUUUUAAAUAGUAUACUCAAGACUUUGAGGUCACAAAACUAAUUACUAUUUUGUAAGUUACUUUAAUAAAAGUCAUGUACCCCA